AUGCCUGAUGUGUUUCCUGGUCCCGAAGGAGAACCGCAAUCGGAUAGGAUGCUUGAGAUGAAACUCUUCCACCACUAUCUAACAGAGACAUACAUCACACUCUGUCAAGGGCGUCUAGAUGCUCACCACUUUCAAGUGGUUGUCCCACGGAUCGCGGUCUCUCAUGCCUUCUUGCUAGACAGUCUACUAGCAAUGUCUGCUCUUCAUCUAGCGUACCUGAACACUCAUGAUAACCGUUCAUGGCUCGGGAUUGCCCUUAAAUACCAGAACAGAGCCUGUUCAGCAUUCACCCGUGUACUCGCGGAAAUGACACCCGAGAACUGCGCACCAGCAUUCCUGUGCUCCAUCUUCAUUAUGCUCUGCGCAACGGCCUACCCGUGUGUCACCCAGGACAAGCAUACAUUCGAGCCUUUGUCCCAUGUCUUGGAGAUCCGGCAGCUCAUAGCGGGAUGUGCAUUUCUUUUUGAACAGCUUAGCGGCAUGGAAUAUCGGGGUGACCUCCAAGGGUGGCUGAAGUACAAGGAUGACGAGAUCGAUCAAGAUGGGAAUCCCUACCAGUACUUGCUUUCCCUCUUUCUUUCCAUGACAGUAGAUGCCAUUAUAGAGUCUUUGCAGCGGGUGCAAGACAAAUUUACCAGCCUUGGUGGGCCGAAUCAGACAACGUACCAAAACACGUGGGAUAUUCUUCAUGAAGCCAUCAAACGAUGGCCAUUCGGCGGCCCAAACGGUGGCAUUAUUGCGUGGCCCAUAAACAUCAGCGAAGACUACAUUGCUCUGCUAAAAAGUGGAGACUGGGUGGGCCGGGUGCUAUUUCUACACUACGGGGUCGGAUUGCACCUUCUCUCCGACAAGUGGUUUGUCCGAGACUGGGGCCGACGUCUUAUUGAAACAGUCCUGCAAUCGCAGGAAGAUAUACCCCCAAUUUGGACCGAAACCAUCACCUGGACAAAGGAGGCUUAUCCAUGGUUGAUUACAUACCAUGACUCGACAUUCCGGGGAACCUCAACGGCCUUGGCGGGAUGGCUGCACUUCAAUUGGAGAGGCCACCGUUCGGCUCAUUACGUCGGGCAAGCCGAACCCGGCCAGCGUUAUCGCGUGACUUGGGCCCGCGAUCCGGCGACGUAUCUGCGCUGUCGCUUUGGCCCUACCCAUCCCAACUUCGAAAGUCUUUGCGACAUGGAGACCUAUCAGUCAAGGCAAAGUUCGAGCCAAGAUGCGGAGAAACAGCCACUUCUUGAAACCUGGGAGACCCCGAUCCAGCGAUCGCAGUGGACCUUGUUACACGACACGCGACUCAGCACUUCAACUAUGUUCCGCCUUGCGAAGUUCACAGUAUUAUCGACGCUCCUAUUAACUAUAAUAACGAUACAUCUGCCAAGUGUGCUCACCUCACCUCUUGAAUUUGCGACUAGCCGGUUUGACCGAACGAGUGAAUUGGAGGAAGGGAAGCGCGGUGCAGUGGCGAGCGAAAGUGCUAUCUGCAGUCGCCAUGGAACAGAUAUAAUAAACAUUGGUGGAAAUGCAGCUGACGCGGUGAGUAACGAUCUAGCUGAUCUGUCGGUCGUGCGUCACCCUGCUGACUCCAAUCUCUCAGAUGGUUGCAACAAUGCUUUGCGCAUGUACCAUAGUGGAAUUGGAGGAGGUGGAUUCAUGCUGGUUAAGACCCCUGAAGGCUCCUUCGAGGCCAUCGAUUUUCGCGAAACUGCCCCGGCGGCAGCUUUUCAGGAUAUGUUUGAGAAUAACACAGAGGCAGCCGUUAGUGGUGGCCUUGCAAGUGCCGUUCCUGGGGAAUUGCGUGGUCUUGGGUAUCUCCACAGCAAGUAUGGCUCGCUCCCCUGGUCAGCUGUUGUGCAGCCUGCAAUUCAAACCGCACGGGAGGGGUGGCCAGUCGGGCAGGACCUGGUCCGCUAUAUGAAAGCUGCUGUCGGGGACGGCGAAGACUUUCUGUCUCAGGAUCCUACCUGGGCGCUCGAUUUUGCUCCCAAUGGAACCAGGCUCGGUGUUGGUGACACUAUCACGCGGAAACGUUAUGCGGCCACACUGGAGACCAUCGCAAACGAGGGCCCCGAUGCCUUCUACUCUGGAUCAAUCGCGAAGACUAUGAUAGAUGCGGUACAGAAAGCCAACGGUACAAUGACGCUUGAGGAUUUGGCCAAUUACACGGUCGCUAUCCGAAACAUCUCAGAAAUUGACUAUCGCGGCUAUCGGAUUACUAGCACCUCGGCCCCAUCAAGUGGUAUCGUGGCUAUGAACGUUCUCAAAGUUCUGGGUACCUACGAUGACCUUUUCAGUCCGGAUAAUCGGAACCUGAGUACCCAUCGAAUGGACGAGGCUAUACGGUUCGGAUAUGGAUUGAGGACUAAUUUAGGGGAUCCGUUUCUCCUCGAUGGCAUGGACACGUACCAGGAAAUGAUGCUAGCGGAUUCCACUGUUGAAGAGAUCCGGAAGAAUAUAUCCGACCAGCAUACCCAGGCCGUGUCUGCCUACGACCCGCAGGGAUAUGAGAGUCUUGAAACACCGGGUACCUCACAUAUUGCAGCCAUUGAUCACAGUGGACUUGCCAUUUCUGCGAUCACGACCAUUAACCUGCUUUUCGGCUCCAAAGUUAUGGUUCCUGAGACUGGUAUCAUCAUGAACAAUGAGAUGGAUGACUUCUCUAUUCCUAAUUCGUCCAAUUCCUUUGGCUAUAUCCCCUCUGAAGCAAACUUUAUACGACCCGGGAAACGCCCACUGUCCUCUUGUACCCCAACCAUUGUGACCCACCCUAACGGAACAGUGUUCUUCGUAGCCGGCUCGGCAGGAGGUAGUCGGAUUAUUACUGCCACCGUCCAGAACAUUAUACACGCCAUCGACGAAGGACUUUCAGCGGCAGAAGCCUUGGCCCAGCCGCGCCUUCAUGAUCAACUGGUCCCGAAUCGUGUCACUUUCGAGUACGAUUAUGACAAUGAGACCGUGUCCUUCAUGGAGGCAAGAGGUCACAAUGUGACCUGGGUUGGUCCAGGGGAGAGCACGGCGCAGGCAAUUCGGGUUCUACCGAAUGGAACUUUUGACGCUGCAGGGGAGCCUAGACAGGCUGAUUCUGGAGGGUUCGCUGUUUGA